AUGGGAUCAUGGAAGAGUUCCAUCUUCAUCUUGAUCCUUUGCCUUCUGGAAGGGGCCCUGAGCAAUUCCCUCAUUCAGCUGAACAAAAAUGGCUAUGAAGGAAUUGUCAUCGCAAUAGACCCCAAUGUGCCAGAGGACGAAGCACUCCUUCAACACAUAAAGGACAUGGUGACUCAGGCUUCCCCAUACCUCUUUGAAGCCACGGGGAAAAGAUUUUAUUUCAAAAGCGUUGCCAUUUUGAUUCCUCCAAACUGGAAGACCAAACCUUCCUAUGUGAGGCCAAAACUCGAGACCUACCAAAAUGCCGAUGUUCUGGUUGCUGUACCUGACCCUGCAGAUCACGAUGAACCCUACACAGAGCAGGUGGGAAAGUGUGGAGAGAAGGGAGAAAGGAUCCACCUCACUCCCAACUUCUUAGCAGGAAAGAAGUUGGCUCAGUUUGGACCACAAGGCAGGGUAUUUGUCCACGAAUGGGCUCAUCUGCGGUGGGGCGUAUUUGAUGAGUACAAUUAUGAUCAGAAAUUCUACUUAUCCAAUGGAAAACCCCAACCAGUAAAGUGCUCGGCUGCUAUCUCUGGGGAAAACAGAGUGCGCCGCUGCCAGGGCGGCAGCUGCGUCACUGACAAGGGCUGCCGGUUCGACAAGGUAACGGGACUGUAUGAGAAAGACUGCGCGUUCGUACCCAACAAGCAGCAGGCCGAGAAGGCUUCCAUAAUGUUCGCCCAGAGUCUUGAUUCUGUGGUUGAAUUCUGUACAGAAAAAAAUCACAAUAAAGAAGCCCCAAGCCUCCAAAACCAAAAAUGCAACCUCAGAAGCACGUGGGACGUCAUCAGUGACUCUGAGGACUUUAAGCAGACCACGCCCAUGACGACUCUGCCACCCACACCCACCUUCUCCCUGCUGCAGAUAGGACAGAGGAUCGUGUGCCUGGUGCUGGAUAAGUCUGGAAGCAUGGCGAAUGGUGACCGCCUGAACCGAAUGAAUCAAGCAGCCAAGCUUUUCCUGAUGCAGACAGUGGAGCAGGGGACCUGGGUCGGAAUGGUGAUAUUUGACCAAACUGCCUACAUCCAGAGUGAACUCAGACAGAUAAACAGUGGCACCGACAGGGAUGUGCUGACCAGGAAAUUACCCACAGUAGCCAGAGGAGGGACGUCCAUCUGCUCGGGGCUUCGAUCAGCAUUUACUGUGAUCAGGAAGAAAUACCCAACGAGCGGGGCUGAGAUCGUGCUGCUGACUGACGGGGAGGACAAGUCCAUCAGCACGUGCUUCGGCGAGGUCAAGCAGAGUGGGGCCAUCGUCCACACCGUCGCCCUGGGGCCCUCAGCGGCCAAGGAGCUUGAGCAGUUGUCCACAAUGACAGGAGGUCUGCAGGCAUCCGCUUCAGAUCAAGCUCAGAACAACGGGCUUAUUGAUGCUUUCGCAGCCCUGUCAUCAGGAAACGGAGCUGUCUCUCAGCGCUCCAUCCAGCUGGAGAGCAAAGGAUUGACACUGCAAAGCAGGCAGUGGAUGAAUGGUUCGGUGAUCGUGGACAGCACAGUGGGGAAGGACACUUUGUUUCUUGUCACUUGGACGACACAGUCACCCCAAAUCCUUAUCUGGGAUCCCACUGGAAAGAGCCAGUCUGGCUUGGUAAUGGACACAGCCACGAAAAUGGCUUACCUCCAAGUCCCAGGUACUGCGCAGGUUGGCGUUUGGAAAUACAGUCUGCAAGCAAGCUCACAGACUCUGACUCUGACUGUCACCUCCCGCCCAGCCAGUGCCACUCUGCCUCCAAUCACAGUGACCUCUAGAACGAACAAGGACACCGGCAAAUUCCCCAGCCCCAUGAUAGUUUAUGCAACUAUUCGCCAAGGAGCCUCACCCAUCCUCAGGGCUAAUGUCAUCGCCUUGAUUGAAGCAGUAAAUGGAAAAACAGUCUACCUGGAGUUACUGGAUAAUGGAGCAGGUGCUGAUGUAACCAAGGAUGAUGGUGUCUACUCAAGGUACUUCACAGCUUACGACACCAAUGGUAGAUACAGCGUAAAGAUAUGGGCUCUGGGCGGAGUGAACGCAGCCAGACAGAGAGCACCACAGCAGAACGGAGCCAUGUACAUGCCUGGCUGGAUUGAGAAUGAUGAAAUAAAAUGGAAUCCACCACGCCCUGAGAUUAAUCAUCUGCAAGACAAGCAAGUAUGCUUCAGCAGAACAACUUCAGGGGGCUCAUUUGUAGCCUCCAAUGUCCCCAAAGCCCCCAUCCCUGAUGUCUUCCCACCUUGCCAAAUCACUGAUCUGAAGGGGAAAACCCAAGGUAACAAUGUCAUCAAUCUGACUUGGACGGCUCCUGGAGACGAUUUCGAUCAUGGAAGAGCUCACAAGUAUAUCAUCCGAAUAAGUACGAGCAUUCUCGAUCUCAGAGACAACUUUAACAAGUCGGUUCAAGUAAACACUACUGACCUCAUCCCGAAGGAAGCCAACACUGAGGAAUUCUUCGUGUUUGAACCAAAAAACAUCUUCUUAAAAAGUAACACGGAUCUCUUCAUUGCUAUACAGGCUGUUGAUAAGGCCAAUCUGAAGUCAGAAAUAUCCAACAUUGCACGAGUGCCUCUUUCUAUUCCUCCUCCAGAGCCUGAUAAAAAGUUGAUUCUUGACCCUGAGAUUAAGCUCAACAUCACCAUUCCUGGCAUCAACGUUUUAAAACUAAUGUGGAAAUGGAUAGGGGAAUUGCAAAUAACAUUAGGCUUGCACUGA